ACGAAAGCACAGAAUCAUUACCACGCUAGACCUCGAGGAGUGUAGACGCGUUUCUCGUUACCUAAACUCAGUCGAGAGUUUGCUCGUGUUUCGCUCUCUACUUUCUCUUGCGCGUUUGUUUGUCCGGUUGCGAUCGAAUCCAGACGUGCCACCGUACAACGCGCGUGUGAUAGUCGCGCCAAAGAGGACAGUCGCGAGACCGCAGCAACGUGCUGUUACGACGUUUCCGUAACGCGUGUGUGUGCGAAUUCGAAGAGAAAACGGUAUCACGAUUGAUACUUCUCCUUAUUUUUUAUCCCUGUAACUCCGUCGUUUGGUGUUUCGGUGUGUCGCGAACUGACGUUGACACGAGUAGACACCGCCAACUGUGCAUCAAUCGUGUGUCGUGUAUUUUGAUAGAGAACGAUCGAACUUUGUGAACUUCCGUUUUACGACUGUCAUCGUCGAGAAACGGUAAUCACCCAUGGAAAGUGAUCCAUUCGAGGAUCCACCUUACGAGCGAUUCGGAUGACGUGAUCGACAGGCUCGCGUCGUACGAGUGACGAGAUAAGAUUCUAAUCACGAGUAGACAGAUAGAUCGUGUACGCAUCUCGUUCGGCCGAGAUUCGCGCGUUUAUCCACGCGGGUUUCGUCACGUGCGUUUAUUCACGAAGGAACAAUCGGUGCGGGCAACGAACAUUUUGAGCGUGCGCCGUGUUCCCGAGUCGUCGGCCCCCACGUGCACACGUCGAACAUCUGAGGACGAUUUCACUCCGUUUCCGUCCUCAAGACGGAACAGAGACGUCGCGCGAACAAAGAGAGAAGCAGAACGAGAGUGGUGGUGAUUUUGACCCACACAGACAUUGGUUCGAUUGCAGCGAUCCGCGAGAAGAGAACAGCGAGGAGGGCAUAGAAUUCGUGUAAAAGAGAAAUUCGGUGCACCUGCAGAGAAAUGGCGAUCCCGUUCGCUCUGCCGACCGAAGACGACGCUGAGGCCCAGGGACAGCAGCUGGAACAACUGAUGCUCGACCUGUACGCCGCCCUGCAACAGGUCCUCAGGACCAGGACGUCCCAGCAUCCGUCGUCGCGAAAUCAUCGGAUACCGCGACGAGCCGGGGACGAACGGCAUCCGAUGGUGCUGUUGGACUCGGAUUUGUCCCGGGUACCGUUGCCCGAUCUGGUGCUGUCCGCGGUGGAGCAACUGCCGCCUCCGACGCCGCAGGUGACCGUGUCCGCGCCCAGCAGCCCGACCAGAGACGCCGCGUUCCAAUUUCCGGAGUGUAGCGGUGAGAGCAGCCUGGCACCGGUGCCUAGCCCGAGGCCGCGGCCGCGAAGACGCAGGCUCGCGUCCGAAAGCAGCGGCGCCGCGACCGCGAAGAAGACGCCACCGGCCGCGAAACAGAUCUGCAACAACUGCUUCGGCGACUUGCAUACACAGGCGUACAACCAGAACCAGUGGACGAACAUGGGCGCCAAUCUCAGGAACAUCGCCGACGACUUUCACGCGUCCAAGACAAAGGCGGAAGAGAUCGAGAAAUCCCGAUUGGCCGCAAUGAACCCGGGCUAUGCGAGCUCCGGCAACUCGUCCACGGACAGUUACAUGUCGCUGUUGAUCCUGGCGCCUCUCCGCGAGACUCUCUGGACAACGGUGGCCCUGUACCUCGGCUGGAGGCUGGUGUCACACCUUCGAUAGACUCUGGAGUGCCGUCGCGUCGUCGCUUCGACGCGCGAUGCCUCGAGGACUCGGAGAAUCGCUGACACUUGGGACGAGACCAGAGGCGACCGAUGCACCGGUGAACCGGACGACUCUUCUAGCGCUUCAGGGGUUCCUCUUCGGGAUUGCCAGGCCAGGGUCGUUUCUGGAGAUUCUGCCAAGAUGAAUGCCGCCGGGAGGAUCGCGGCGCCGGACGAAAGCCAGCAGGAAGGCCAGCAGGACUUCUCCUGGGCGUCGCACAUAAGACACAACCUUUUUAACCCGUCUUUUAUGAACGCGUCCCUCGCGCCGCUAGAGAAUGCGCACAAGUUGUUUCAUGCCUGGUCCCUCUACAUCUACGAUCCCUCGCCUCGCGAGAACGACGAGGAGAACGAGGAUGAAGACGAAGACGAAGACGAGGAUGACGAUGAGGAGGAAGAAAGUACAGAUAGCGGGAUAGACGACGACGGGGACGACGAAGACGAUCAGAGCGGAGCUUGUCAAUUCGUUAGUUCCGAAUUAACCGAUUGCCGUUUUUUUGUUUGACAAUGCGUAUAGAAGAGCCGAUGUCCUAAACACGGGACUCCGAUAAAGAGUUCUCGUCUCGAUACGAGCAUCGGUGCAUUUCUCCGUCCUCCCCGGACGUACGUCGAUCGAUCCGCUGCAAGAUCGAAGAAUUUCGCGCUCUCGACGACGCUGGGCGGACGUGUAUCAUCCAGCAGAGACUUUGUUCUUACGAUCGUUCGCCUUCCGGUUUUCCUGAUCGAGGUAAGAGAGAAUCAUGUAACGUUGUCUACUGGGGAACGCUGCGCCGAUCGUUUUAAGAGGGAAUCGCGAAGGUGGCGAUCAGCCGUGACACGGGUCUGGGCGAGGGUGGCGAGGGAGCUAAGGACGAGAUCCAAAGAGGACUUAACCCAAUAAUCAAAUGAUGAUCUCAUUACGGAUAUAAAAUAAAGAGAAUUAAAUAAAAGUAGUGUGAUUCCGGGAACGGGACAGACCGCCGGACAAUUUUAAUAUAUUCUUCUUCUCGGGUUUUGCUUGUUUUUUCGCAUACGUCUCUCUGUCCUUCGAUCGUUCAUUAUGACACGGCUCUCUGUCCCGUUCUCGCCGGUAGGAAGUAUGUAUUUUGACGUGGCUUGUAGAUAACGCGGUUACCUAGCCGAUACAAGGCGGGGCGGAACUCAAUCUGAGAUACAAUGACACCGUGCCAUGUCGUCUCGCGAACGGACUCGAUGGAUGAAAAAAAAAAAUCGAAAUUAUUCAUUUUCCAUGAUCUCAGAUCGGAGACUCGGUUUUCGAACGAGGCCGCUAGACGACGGUCAUGGCGAUGGGUGACUCAUUUGUAAAAAAAGUAUUUUGAUCGGUGUAUCUCUCGUUCAAUGUAUUCGAAAAACGAGGAAAGAGUAUCGCACCGAUGAGAGAAAGAACGCGAAAAGAACGCGCGUUUAUAACGUCAGGUAGGGAAACGGGCGAGGAAACGCGACGCGCGAAAGAGGGGAGCAACGUAUUUGUAAUUGUAUAGAGGAACUUUAAACUAAAAUACCUAAUUAAAAUUCAUUAAAAUGUAAGUCGACGUUUUUUAUAAUUAAAGUAGAUAAUCGAUAGACCGAGGAUCGCAGCAUCUUAAUUGGCUGGCUGCGAGUCCCGUGGACAGUUUUCGAAUGAUCUCCGGUAGCUUAGCUCUUAGUGGGCGCCCUCCGCCACGAAGGACGCCUUUCAUGUCACCCAGGACAACGGGUCUCCCGCACCCUUUGCUCCUUCGUGAUACUGUUUUUUGUCUAAUUUUCUCUAUCUUUCCUUCAUUUCCAUCCGCGAUGAUAAUUAUGCUUCUUCAAAUUGAUCGUCUUCAUUUUCGUCGUACUUCUUUUAUUCGAUUAUUUAAAAUCCGCUUUUUCUUCCAGCUGCUCCACUUCUUUCUUCUUCGCUCCAUUCUCUUCUUUCGCCUCCUGUUAUUCGAUUCUCUAUUCUAUUUGAAUUAACUUUUGACCUCGUUAAUUAGCGCGUAUUUUACGGAUCUUGGUCAUUCGUGUUCGCCGUUUCCGGCGAGGAUUUUCUUAGAGGUGGAAUUUAUAAAUAAAGGAUAUGUAGUUGAUGUCCCUGGUCAAAUGGGAUGAAACCAAAAUCAUCAUAAGGCUGUCGAUACGAUUGUAUAAUCUCGUGGACCGUUCUUAUCUGUCUCUCUAUUCUGUCUCCCAAGUAAAGACUUCUACACUUCGUUGAUUACUCGUAUUCUUCAUUACGAUUAUUAUUAUCAUUACCUUAUUAAUAUUAAUACGUUUUAUUAUCGUUUGCCCCUUUCUCUUCCACCCCUAAAUAACGGAUAAGGUAUCGUGAUGUACUCCGUCGAAGUAUUCCAAUGUGUAGAGAGUAAAUAGUAUUUAUUUCUAGAUAUAUCGUGUACGUAGCUCGCGCAGGUAAUUCUUGUACUGCCAUUCGUCCUGAUGCUGAGAUGCGCGCGUGUACCAAGCGUCGUUCGGUCGAAACGAAAGGAGAUAGAAACGGUCGAGAUAGAUGUGGCCGUGCCUCGCAGAGGUAUCUCUUCGAGGCGAGAGUCAGUACGCCCUUUCCCGGUAACGAAAAUUUCCUCAUCGGAACGACUGCGCGCAGACAGACGUUCUCUAAAGAUGAACUCUGAUCGAUCGCGGUAACAUCUUCUUUUCAUUGUCUACGACCGACGCGAAUCUCGUCGGACAAAUUGCCUGGAGUCUCUCGAUGUUCGUAAAGUAUGUAGUAACUUAACGAUAGCGCGCGUUUUUUCGCCUACUAUUCGUCGCCAGAGAUAUGACCGAGUAUUUCUGGGGAGCACAAGUUCUGUGGUGAACCGCGCGUCGAUUUUAUCCCAUACCCAUGAUUCCACCCUCUCGAAUUAAAUCGGAACGAUUGGUGCGACUAAACGCGGUGAUUAAAAUUGAUUUCGAUCUUUCGUCAUCUUUCGGUCAGCAAAGAUUUUCGUUUCACGCGUAGCGUUCGAUCUCGAUUCCGAUAAAAUGUCUCCUCGUUCAGGCGAUGAUAGUUUUUGGGUGGUUCAGCAGCAACUUGUCUCCGGUUGUCUCGUCAUUUUUUCUACGUAGAAUCUCUUCUUUUUUUAUAUUGUUUCGUUGAUCGAGUUUUCGUCUCUGCUCUCUAUUUACCCCUAGGCGGAGGUAAAUUACGAGAGCGAGCAGCAUCGUCGUACAAUUGUGAUCUAAUAAGGUAGUAAAUCGCCGUCGGCACCGUUGAACCAGAGAGCCAGGACUCUCUCGUGGUGCGCGCGAAACUCCUUUAUAAUUAGCAUUCCGACCAAAGGAAAAAGGAAGGAGAACGUAGGUAGUUGUCGAACGCGUAGUAGUAAAUCAACUGAAUGUUCGUCUUUUACGUGUAAAAUUUUUCGUUUCCAAUUUCGUAUUUCCCUAUAGCGCGGCGAAAAUCAAUGGCCAGAUGCGGCCCGUGAUCUCCUCGCGGCUAUAAUAAUCGAUAAGGCAUCUUUUUUCGUUUCCAAGUUCUUUCCUACGUUUUUGCUUCGAGUUUUAAUAAUACAUAAGAGAAAAAAAAAAAUAAAAUGAAAUAGAGCACCGUGAAACAGACAAAUUUCCUCCCGUGUACAUAGGUGUCAAAAGAUGUUCCCCUAAACGUAGUUUUCGCGAGCCAAAACGAGAUAUAUUGAUACGAAACAGAAGCUGUUAACAGGUCGAUCGAACACAUGGGAUUUAAGGUACCGCCACAGAAAAUGUGAGACGCAUGUAUAUACAGUCGCUUGUUCGUGGGGCCGUGAAGUACCAUAAUCGUCUGCGAUCUGCGUUAUGCCCGAGUUAUUUCUUUUUCAAAUAUUCUCCUCUCGUACGCCGAAUCGAUUUCCUAUGUUCUUCUGGUUUCAAUUUUACCAUGCUUCAGAGAAACGUGUUAAACCAUCCCCAUCUCCUGCACAGGAGUAUUUUCUGCGUAGCAUAGCUAGUAGUCAGCCAUAUUGAGAACGUAUUAAUUAUACGAAUAAACAUGAAUAAAAUUAUAUAUAUAUAUAUUAUAAUGGAAAACAUAUAUAAAAAUAUAUAUAUUUUAAAUGGUAUA